GAUGGUGGAGGAGGAGAGUCUCCGCGUGGUUCGCUGUGGCGGCAGCGAGUUGAACUUCAGGAGAGCGGUGUUCUCUGUGGAUUCUAAGUAUGUCUUCUGUGUCUCUGGAGACUUUAUUAAAGUUUAUAGCACAGCUACAGAAGAAUGUGUACAUAUAUUGCAAGGGCACAGAAAUCUGGUGACUGGAAUCCAGCUCAACCCCAGGAACCAUCUACAGCUGUAUUCAUGUUCCUUUGACGGCACGAUUAAACUGUGGGACUAUAUAGAUGGCAUUUUGAUAAAGACUUUCAUAGUUGGAUGUAAACUUCAUGCCCUCUUUGCUCUUGCCUGUGCUGAGGAUUCUGUCUUUGUUAUAAUAAAUAAAGAAAAACCAGAUGUAUUUCAGCUGGUUUCAGUGAAACUACCAAAAUCAUCAAGUCAGGAAAUAGAAGCUAAGGAGCUCUCCUUUGUUUUGGAUUAUAUAAACCAGUCACCCAAGUGCAUUGCCUUUGGAAAUGAGGGAGAGUAUGUUGCUGCAGUACGGGACUUUUACUUGUCUGUUUAUUUUUUCAAAAAGAAAACAACAUCAAGGUUUACUUUAUCAUCAUCAAGAAAUAAGAAACAUGCGAAGAACAAUUUUACAUGUGUAGCAUGUCACCCGAAGGAAGAUUGCAUAGCAACUGGUCACAGGGAUGGCAAAAUUCGUCUUUGGAGGAACUUUGAUGAUGAAAAGAAAUACACAUACACAUGUUUACAUUGGCACCAUGAUUUGGUUAUGGAUUUGGCUUUUUCAGUGACAGGCAGCAGUCUGCUGAGUGGUGGCCGUGAGUCUGUCCUCGUAGAGUGGCGAGAGGCAGCAGAGAAGAAUAAGGAGUUCCUCCCCCGUUUAGGAGCUACUAUUGAACAUAUCUCAGUGUCUCCAGCAGGGGAUCUCUUCUGUACUUCGCACUCCGAUAACAAGAUGAUAAUCAUUCACCGAAACCUUGAGGCGUCUGCAGUAAUUCAAGGCCUAGUGAAAGACAGAAAUAUCUUUACCGGUUUGAUGAUUGACCCAAGAACUAAAGCUUUGGUUUUGAAUGGGAAACCUGGCCACUUGCAGUUUUAUUCUCUCCAAAGUGAUAAACAGUUAUACAAUUUAGAUAUUAUACAGCAAGAAUAUAUCAAUGAUUAUGGUCUGAUCCAAAUUGAGCUAACAAAGGCUGCAUUUGGCUGCUAUGGUAAUUGGCUUGCAACGGUGGAACAACGUCAAGAAAAGGAAACUGAGCUUGAAUUGCAAAUGAAGCUGUGGACAUAUAAUAAGAAAACACAAGGGUUUGUUCUCAAUACAAAGGUUAACAUGCCACAUGAAGACCACAUCACAGCUCUCUGUUUCUGUAAUGCAGAAAAAUCUGAAAACCCCACCUUGGUUACAACAAGUAAAGAUGGUCACUUCAAAGUGUGGAUAUUAACAGAUGAUUCUGAUAUAUACAAAAAAGCUGUUGGCUGGACCUGUGACUUUGUGGGUAGUUAUCACAAAUACCAAGCAACUAACUGCUGUUUCUCCGAAGAUGGCUCUUUACUAGCAGUUAGUUUUGAGGAAAUAGUUACAAUAUGGGAUUCGGAGACAUGGGAACUUAAAUGUACAUUUUGUCAACGAGCUGGGAAAAUAAGGCACCUUUGCUUUGGGAGAUUGACUUGUUCCAAGUAUCUUCUUGGUGCCACUGAAAAUGGCAUUCUGUGCUGUUGGAAUCUGCUCAGUUGUGCAUUGGAGUGGAGUGCAAAAUUAAAUAUGAGAGUUUUGGAACCUGAUCCCAAUUCAGAGAAUAUUGCUGCAAUCUCUCAGUCUUCCAUGGGUUCAGACUUGUUUGUGUUUAGACCUAGCGAGCCAAGGCCAUUGUAUAUUCAAAAAAAUAUCUCCAGAGAGGAAGUCCAGUGGGGAGUGUUUGUUCCACGAGAUGUCCCUGAAUCAUUCACCUCAGAAGCUUACCAGUGGCUGAACAGAUCGCAGUUUUACUUCCUAACAAAAUCACAGAGUUUAUUGACAUUCAGUACACAGUCUCCAGAAGAGAAACUCACACCAACAAGCAAACAGCUAUUAGCAGAAGAAACUCUUCCAACAACCCCAUUUUAUUUCAUAUUGGGAAAGCACAGGCAGCAACAGCAGGAUGACAAGUUAAAUGAAGCUUUGGAGGAUGAACUGGUACAACUACCCUUAACAGAAAACAUACCUGCAAUUAGUGAGCUUCUUCACACUCCAGCCCAUGUACUGCCAUCUGCUUCUUUCCUGUGCUCCAUGUUUGUAAAUUCAUUGCUGCUGUCAAAGGAGACUAAGAGUGCUGAAGAAAUUCCUGAUGAUGUCAGUAUGGAAGAAGAAAAAGAAAGUGUUGAUUCAGAUGAAGAAAAUAAUUUCACUGAACAGGUCCAGGAUACAAAUAACACAGAUUUGGGAAAAGACAUUAUACAUCAGUUGUCAAAAUCUGAAGAAAAGGAACUGAGAAAAUUUAGGAAAGUAGACUACAGCUGGAUAACUGCUCUUUAAGCCUUGGAGAAUAGAGGAGGGUUUUACACUUUUUGUGUUUUUUUGUUUUGUGGUUGUUUUUUUGUUUGUUUGUUUUUAUUGUAUGUUGAUAUUCCAAAAUUCUAUUUUAAUGUUAUUUCUGUUCAUAAACUGUUAAAUAUUAACAGGUUCUACUUUUUAAAUGACUGGUAAU